UUUGUAGUCGUUUGCUUCCACCCGGACGACUGCAUCAGUCACAACAUGGCGAACCACCUUCGUUUUGUUGCUCGGACGGUGAUGGUCCAAGAGGGCAAUAUCGAUGCAGCUUACAAGGCUCUAAAUAGAGUGCUGUCUGUGGAUGGAAUUAUCGAAACGGUGAAACGAAAGCGCUACUAUGAGAAGCCCUGUCGGCGCAGGCAGCGAGAGAACUAUGAGAACUGCAAGAGGAUCUAUCAUUCUGAAAUGGCCAGGAAGAUCUCCUUCAUCUCCCGGACGCAAAGACAAGACCCCUGGGUCGGCUCCUAGACGGAGGGCUAUGUUCCGUCUGUGCGACGAGGACCGUUAGGAGUAAGAGCUCACUGAGUUAGCACUACCCAGCUGGAAGAUGGAAGGGGAAAGAAAAGUCCUCUGAAGGGAACUUCAAUAAACCGGAUCAAACAAGAUUUGUAUUCCACAAUCCAAAGGGUUAGGGUUAGUGGCUGACACUUUGAAAAAUUGUUUAUCAUCAAAAUGAUAUCUUCUGUUUUGAAUGGUCAUUUUCCCUGUUCAUUAUAGCACAGUAUGCCAGAGGCGAGCAUGUCUAUGUCUUGUUUGAGAAAUGAAACAUGACAGUAACUAUUUACAUCAAACUAUUGUUAUCAUUUUAGACACAAAGCCAAAUUGAUGUUUCGCACCUGGUUCAAAAGUUGUGGUAAUACUGAAGUGAAAUAAAUUGUCUCAUUGUAA